CUGACGCGUGAUGUGGACAAUCAAUGACAGUUUUGGAGCACUUCGUUCGCCUUUAUUGUUCUCAAUUGAUGCCAGGCUCGUCAGUAUGCCAGUCGAGGUAAUAGACUUGCUCUCGAGCUCGCCCAUUGCUGGAAACGCAGACCUCCAUCAGCCACAACAUUCGGCUGCAUCAGCCAGCGUUGACGACACUGUACCAUCAGCACAGUCCAUCCAGGUCACGGCCAAUGUGCAGUCAAGCUUACAGUUCUCUGACUUCCCUUUGAUAUCCUCUUCGCUUCCAGACGUGCAGCAACCUGCUCCACUCCCAAAUGGAGCUGUUCGGACUCGAGAUGCUGAGAUCUUGUUCUUGUCUGACGACUUUGACAGCACCGGUGAUCUUGAGGUGCAAAUCACCAGACGACCUCACCUGAAUACCGCUGUGCGUCGCACGAGGUCCGAGGCAACCAGAACUUCCACAGGUGCAACAACAGGAUCAGCGACCACAACAAGCGCACAGAUUAUCUCACCGAUGAAACACAGUGCAACAACGUCAAGACAUCGCCAAGCGGUGGAGGAUUUUGUGAGCUCGGAUCCGUUCGCAACCUCACCACCAAAGAUUUCAAGCGGUCAAAAGCCAGAAGUCGCGCCUGACUUGGUUCCAACACUUUCAAGCGAUCCAUUUUCCAGUCCACCGAGGACAUCGUCAAACGCAUGGGAACGCAGGACAGACAGCUCAACACGUGCUGGUCUUGCCGCGAAUUCUGGCAGUGGCGUCUCCGGUGCAAGUCUUGCAAGGAAGACUGUCGACACGAUUGAUCUAUCCAGCGAUCUAGAUGAUGGACGGCCGCCAGCCGCCAAGACAUCAUCAAAGGGCAAGGGGAAGGAGCUUGCGGCCUGGGAUCCCAUUUCGAGCUCCAUGCCGGAGAUGCGAUCACGCGGAUUGUCAUCCCCAGAGCAGACAACAAGCCCCCGCACGGCAAUUACCUUGGAAAGUGCGAGUGAGUCCGAUUCGGAUGGUUUACCUGAUCUCGCGGAUGUCGACUUCUCGAGGGUGGAACCCCAGUUCACCUUGAGCGAAUCGCCACCGCCCAAGCGAUCUAGACCGAAGCCCACUGCUGUCCCAAAGAAGAACGACGGGAACAAAGAGCUCGAGAAAGCGGCAAAGGCAAAAGCACGAGAGGCUGAGAAAGAACGCAAAAGGCUCGAGAGGGAGCAAGCCAAGAGCCUGAAGGCGACCGAAAAGCUGAAACAAAAAGCCUUAGAGGAGGUGAACAAGAAGCGAACGAAUCAUAAGAUCUCAACACCAGAGAUGAUUGUUGACCUGCCCACUUCCCUCCGCGCACCACUCAAAUUGCAGAUUGAAACUCUACUGGGGGAUCUGGGCGUCGACUACCAGGCCUACCAUUCCGCAACGGACAAUGUUGUGAAGUGGCGACGUAAAGUCUCUGCAGUCUACGACCUUGAAGAAGCCAUCUGGAGAGACAUACCACCCAGGAUCCUCCCUGAGGAGCAUGUGCUAGCCAUCCUCGAAGCACCAGAGUUCGUUAAGCUCGCCUUGGGCACCGGUGACGAAACCCUUGAGUCGCACAUUGCCCGUGUACGGGCAACAGCGCCGAAUGCUGCAGUGAUAUACAUUAUUGAAGGUCUCAAUGCCUGGAUGAGGAAGAACCGCAACGUCCGAAAUCGUCAAUAUAUUGACAAUGUUCGCUCUCAGGAAAACGAGGCCGGGCCAAGCCAGCCACGCAAAAGGAAAGCUCAGAGUCAGGAGUACAUCGACGGGGACUCUGUCGAGGAUGCCCUGCUAUCACUUCAGGUAAUCCAUGGGGCGCUAAUACACCAAACUGGGGCCAUGGUAGAAACAGCUCAGUGGGUAUCAAUCUUCACUCAGCACAUCAGCACUGUGCCGUAUCGGCGAGCUCAAGCCGAAAGCGCGGACGCCGGCUUCUGCAUGGAGGCAGGGCAGGUCCGAACUGGCCAAGAUUCCAAAGACACGUAUAUCCGUAUGUUGCAGGAGAUUGCACGGAUCACGGCGCCUAUAGCGUAUGGCAUCGCCUCCGAAUAUCCUUCACUGAGACAGCUCAUUGACGGGCUCGAGGCCAACGGACCACUGGCAUUAGCCGAAUGCAGGAAAAGCGCAAACCAGGAUGGUGCUUUCUCAGACCGGAAAAUCGGGCCUGCCGUUAGCAAGAGAGUACACAAGAUAUUCACAGGCCGUGAUCCAGGCAGCACAGACGUGUGAAGCACAGUAGCGCUCAUCUCAAGUCAGCCAUUAUCUUGCCUCGGAGCUGACAUUUCCGGAUGCCCACACGGUAGUC